AUGGCAAUGCUAUUGGCAAUUAUUGUGAUUUCUGCUGCUGCAGAUAGUUACUCUUCUUCUCCACCACCUUAUGAACCACCUCCAAUAGUUGGAAGGGCUUCAAAUACUCUUGAGGUUAAGACACUUGAGGGACAAGGAGUGCCUUUAGAUCAAGCUGAAUCCAACCUGCCCAAAAUCAAAGCAGAAGUGCAGAAGUCACAGCUUGAUUUGAAGCUGAGACAAGCGGAGAGUAACAAUGUGACUAUUAAUGUUAACCCAAAUGGUGGUGGUGGUGAUUUCAAGACCAUUACUGAAGCUAUCAACAACAUUCCAGCACCCAACAGCAGAAGAGUAGUUGUUUUCAUUGCGCCCGGUCUUUACAGGGAGAAAAUUGUGAUCCCUCAAGAUUUGGAUUUCAUAACAUUCUUAGGAGAUGCAACGAAGAAACCAAUUAUUACCGGAAAUGAUAAAGCAUCUACCAUUGGAAGUGAUGGCGAACCAUUGACGACGUUCAAGAGUGCAACAGUUGCAGUGGAUGCAGACUAUUUCAUAGCUAUCAACAUUGUAUUUGAGAACACUGCAUCACCACGUAUUGGAUCGAAUAAUGAUCAAGCUGUUGCUCUUCGCGUCUCUGGAAACAAAUGUGCUUUUUACAAUAGCGACUUCUAUGGAUUUCAAGACACGUUAUACGAUCAUAAAGGCCUCCACUACUUCAAAGGUUGCAAAAUUCAAGGCACUGUUGAUUUUAUCUUUGGAAAUGGGAGGUCCCUUUACCAGGGCUGCACUAUAAAUUCCAUAGCGCAAAAUGUAGGCUUUAUCACAGCUCAAAAGCGCUCAAGUUUGACAACUGAUGAUAGUGGAUUUUCAAUAUUAAAUAGCAAAGUAAUAGGGAGUGGUCAAGUUUAUUUGGGAAGACCAUGGGGAGAUUACUCGAGAGUAAUUUUCUCUUAUACCUACAUGGACAAUCUUGUUCUCCCUCAAGGAUGGGUUGACACUAUAGACGACGGUGACCACCACUUGAGCGUAUUCUACGCAGAAUAUAAGUGUACUGGACCUGGAUCCAAUUUUGCUGGAAGACUUCCAUGGAUACAGAGAUUGUCAGACAAAGAUGCCCAAGAAUUUAUCGGGGUUCAUUUCAUUUAUGGGGAGACUUGGCUCAUUACCAGUGGUGGUGCUCGGACCCUGAUCAAAGCACAAUCGAGCCAGGAUCGAUUAAGGUCUAGAUCGGAUUGCAGUAGAGUAGUGCUUGACGGCGGAAGAAGACUGCUAUAG